AUGCAAACCCAUCCCCAACAACCAGCAGACAUGUAUUAUACUCAGUAUUCCGCACAACAGUAUAGUCCAUACGGUUAUCCCCAAAAUGGUGCUCCUACACCUGCUGUCUCCACUUCUAUGCCUGCGCCUCAGAAUGUACUGCCGAUACCUGGAGCGUUGAGCAACCAAGGUGCGAUGCAGCAGCAAGGCUACAGCAACAACGGCAGCAAUACUAGCUUUGACACAACUGGCCAGCACAACCCACCUGGAAUGAAGCCCAGAGUCACAGCUACUCUCUGGGAAGAUGAAGGCAGCUUGUGUUUUCAGGUGGAAGCGAGAGGCAUCUGUGUGGCGCGAAGAGAAGAUAACCACAUGAUUAACGGCACCAAACUACUAAACGUAGCGGGCAUGACCCGAGGUCGACGAGAUGGUAUUUUGAAAAGCGAAAAGGUUCGACAUGUCGUCAAGAUUGGUCCAAUGCACUUGAAGGGUGUAUGGAUCCCCUACGACCGCGCACUAGACUUUGCGAACAAGGAGAAAAUCACUGAGCUUCUGUAUCCUUUGUUUGUCCACAACAUUGGCGCUCUUCUCUAUCACCCUUCGAACUCAAACCGAACCAAUCAGGUCAUGGCUGCUGCUGAGCGCCGAAAACACGAGAACCUUGGUGCCCAGCGACCACCUGUAACUAACGCUUUGCCUUCAAUUGCGCAGCAUCACCCAAUGAUGUCUGGCAUGCAAAAUGGAUACGUUCCUCAGCCCCUCACAAACGGGCCCCAGUCUAUCACAAACACCCCCCAACCUCUCACGAAUGGUCCUCAGCCUCCUAUGCAGAACGGAGGUAAUAUGCUCAAGCGAGGACGAGAGGACGAUGACGAAUUGCACCGAACUGCUCCCAAUGGACACGAUUCCAUGAGCAACAUGCACGGGAUGGCUAACGGGUACUCUCACCAACCUCCUCUUGCCAAUGUCCAUCAGCCUCCCAUGCAGAAUGGAGGGGACAUGCUAAAGCGAGGUCGAGACGAUGAUGACGAGAUUCAUAGGUCAGGUCCCAACGGACACGACCCCAUGAACAACAUGCCCGGCAACAUGCCAGGGAGCAUGGCUGGUAACAUGCCUGGGAUGCAAAACGGAUAUGCUCCUCCUCCUCUCCAGAACGUUCACCAACCUAUUACCAAUGGAGACGGCAAUAUGCUCAAGCGAGGACGAGACGAUGAUGAUGAAAUUCAUCGAUCAAGCCCCAAUGGACAUGAUUCGGGUAACUUCGAGAUGAAGCGACGCAAGACCGUGACAUCCAACGACAUGGUUUCCCCCGGAUAUUACACUCUGCACAACACUUAUGCUCAGCCUGCGAUCAUGAACAGCAUGAAUUCAUACAAGCGACGAGACGACGAGGCUGAAACGCCACGACCGGGCCCAAAUGUGCACGACCACAUGAACAACUUUGACUUGAAGCGAAACAAGACAAUGGAGACGAGCGUACCUGCUCCUCAGUAUGAUGCUAUGAACCGACCCCACUCCAGCAUCGGCACUUCUCCUUCUUAUGCCCCCACUCAUGGAUAUGACAACCUUCCCCGGCCUGCUUCGACUGUCGCUGCGUCUCCAUCAUAUGCUCCUGCUCCUGUGUAUGACACUGGCGUUCGACCUGGCCCUCCUGCCAGUGCUCCUCGAAGGCAACAGUCAUUUAGCUAA